AUGAGUAAUACUGACCAUUAUCCAGGUUACGAAGCUCUUGCUUCUUACUUCGAGAAAAACGAAAACGUGUCUUAUCAAAAAUUCUUGCAAUCACACCGAGACAUUAUAAUUACUUCACCACCGUUCACCGAUAAUUGGGGAGGUCUUGAAAGUGCUUGGUCUGGCCGAUUCUUAAGAGCUGCACAAAUUUAUUAUCCAGAUCGUUUUGAAGCCAUAGAAAAGAAGGAGCAUCUGGUCAACGUGCCGGGCACCCCAUCGCGAUUUGUGUUUUUUUCCCUAUUACUCACAUUAGCGAAGGUCAAGUUCGAACGUCAAAAUGAUGCACUGAAGUUCUAUUGGAAGGAGGUUAUACGCGAAAAGCAAAAGAUUUCUGUUAGAGAAACGCAUGCUAUCGGCAGUCUUAAACUGCUUGAUGCCGCAGGAGAGAGUAAUGUACAGGAAUUGUUAGAUGAAAGAGCAGUGGCGUCGACCUGUAAGCGAAAGCAUCGACUCAAAGAAAACAGCUAUAUAAAUAAGAAGUCAAAACAAAGCGCGGAAACCUCCCAUACUCCUAGUGGAGAUAAUGGAUUGAUUAGCAUAGGACGAGAAACUGAAGUAACUAAAGGAAUCGUGAACAGCAAUGAUGUUGGGGAUCAAGUGAAUGAUUCUUUAAACAUUAAGCUUGAAAACGAUGAAAUAGUCGAAUUCGAUUUAGGAAUUUUAGAAAAGCUGACAGAAUCAAAGUCAUCGUCAGAGGGCUAUGUCAUCGAUCUUCGUUGCGACUUGGCCAUGUCCGUAUCCGAAGACAUUCACAAGCGAAGAAUGGAAAAAGAUUAUGGAUUCAAAUCCAUUCAGAAUCACUCACUCCGUCUUAUCAGAAUCAGAGCCACGAAUCUCUAUGCUCUGGGGCUUGAACAUGAUUUUCAACCAGGUGACACCGAGUUAGAUCGAGUUGCUGCUCGUAUUCUCAAUAAUAUCAAACAUGAGCUUCCGGUAUCACGAAAGCCGAAAACCUCUGAGGAUGAACACCGUUAUUACUAUUUGGACCCAUUUACCAAACCUUUGUUCGGUAGUCCAUACAAAAGUUACGAAUUAAGGUUAAAUCGAGCAGUCGAAAAUACAACAAAAAAACCAGACUUUUCAUGUGCUGUUGAUGGAAUAUCCCUACUCAACUCGGAAGUUAAGCCAAUGGGUUGUUCAAUCUUACAGAAGAAGGACUUUGUCAAAGUUAGUUUAAGAGCGAAGAAGACAAUUAACCAGUUGAUCAGCACGAAAGGCGGUCCAACUGAAGCAGUUUUCUUUACGAAUAUGGCUGAAACCGUUGAAUCUUUCCUGAUGGACUUAGAAUAUGACGGACUGUAUAGAGCAUGGCCCCUUCUUAACACAGACUUAGUGACAAGCAAAACAACCUUCCCAUUAUUCGUAUCCACUUUCUCACAUUUCGCGAUAAUUGAGCAACAUGUCAGGAGACUGGCCAAUAACUAUGAAGGCCGUUCUCGCUACUUUACGCCACCCCAACAAACUGGUUAUAUUAGAGUGUUACCAGACUCUCCUCAAUUUAAAGAGUUAUUGAAGCGCUAG